AUGAGGGAGUCGGAUGGUCACGCUGGGAACGAGGGUGGGGUCUGGACAGAAGUCAGCCGGAGAAAGCAUAUUCCGGUCAUCACCUCCUACUACAUCACAAACAUUCCAGUCGGAACUGAGAGAUCGGUCAUCUACGAAGUUUUCAAGGAGUUCGGAAAGAUUGAAGACGUAUACAUCCCGGGCAGAAAAGACAGAAGAGGAUCUUAUUUCAGCUUCGUCAAGUUCAAAGGAGUGGCAAAUGCCAAGGAACUGGAACAGGCCAUGCAACACGUGAGAUGUGGGCACUGUAUUCUCAACGUAAACAUAGCAAAAUAUGGCAAGGAAAAUCCCAGACGUAGAAAAUUGAUAAACAACAGUAGGAUGAACAAACAACCCACUCAACAGUCUUAUCCACCUCCAUUCAUCCCCAAAAAUGUUCAUGCAACAAACAGGUACACCAAAACUUAUGUUGAAGUAGCAGGAAAACCCAGAAAUACCACACAGUCUAAUAUUGCAGCGUCUUUCACAGCAAACCUCAAAUCGGUCCCAGCUAUGGUGGGAUGGAAUAACUCAACAUUAAUUGGGGAAGUCCUCAAUAUAGACAUCCUCACUGAAAUCACAAAACUAAUCGAGGCAGACGGGAACAUAUGGUUUCAAUGGAUAAGGAAUGAAGUAUCUAACGAGUCAAACAAUGAAAGAAUUGGAUGGAUAAAAAUCACAGGGGUCCCCAUAUAUCUAAGGGCGGAGGAAAAUUACGCUCUGAUUGCAAGUAACUUCGGUACGAUUUUACAAGUUGAUGGAUGUAAUUGGGGGAAUAUGGAUCUUUCAUACGGUACAACUUGUAUUCUUACGACUGAAAUCACUCGGAUCAACGAAACCGUGACUUGUAAUUACAAAAAUGAAUCUUAUAAGGCCAGAAUCAUUGAAUAUGACUUCAAUUGGCACCCGUUCUACCAUCUAUCGGCAACCCCCCAGUACGAUAAUGCCCCCGAGAUGGAUGAUGACUACACUGAGAACGACUCUGAGCCUGGUUCUGAAGAUGACGACGACUCUGACGGGAUCUCUGAUACCCAGAAAAAUAAUCUAGAAGGAGAAGAAUUGGAGGAGGGAGAAAUUGUUCAAAUCGAAUCCAAUGUGAACACUGAUAAAAACUCACCGGAUAAUACAAUGACGAUCUCGCCGGCGGCAGAUGUGGUACCGAAGAUCUUUGGGGAUAGGAAAAUCGUGUCUGAGGCGGAAAAUGUAACGUCUCCUCGUAACUCGGACAACAUUAAUGAUGAGGCAGUUCCCAAAAACAACCUAGAUGAGAUAAACAGUAAAAAAAUUGUGGACGAAUUACCCACCCUGGUGACCAAGUCAUUUGGAUAA